AAUUGGUCUUUUAUGGAAAAUUAAAUGUUAAAAAUUUUGAUUUUAAUGCAAAAUUUCGCUUUCGUGUAUUCGUUGAAAAAUUUCUGUCAAAAUUUUGUAAAAGGCGACGAUGGCCGAAUUGCUAUCGCGCGAAAAGGAAUUCAUUAAACUGAAUCAAGAGUUGGACCAGUUAACCGUCACCUCGUUGGAUCAACAACUACAACAACAGCAAAAACAAACGCCGCAUCAUCAACAUCCGAAUUGCAAUAGUGUUAGUGUGGGAAACAGUGGGAAUAGCGGGAGUAGUGGCAGUGGUGCCGGUGCCGGUGCUGGUGCCGGUGCCGCUGUCAACAAUAUUAGCAACCAUUUAUAUGGCGGAGUAUCCAAGCAAACGAACAACAGGAGUGAACAACGUUAUUUCACCUAUACAAAGUCCAAGGGACAAAGUACGUUUCUAAAGAAGCGACUUAAUGCUGGUGCUGCAGCAGGUGCUGUUGGCGUCGGUGGCGGUGGUAAUGGUGUAAGUAGUGGUAAUGGCGCUGGCGAUGGUACUACGGAUAUGCUCUCCGAUUUACCCACAGAACGUUCAAACAAUACCCACCGUACCGCACGAAAAUCCACGCAACAAUCGCCUAUAUCCAACACGCCCAGCUUGCGACCGGACGGCGAUAGUGUGCUAAUGGCACACUCCGAGACACCAAAGACCACGCGCACAAGCAGCACAAUGCACAGAAAGCAAAUUAAGAGCCCGGAGAGUGGUACGCGCACACAUGGACGUGGCAGUAAUUGCAGUUCGAGAGUUAAGGAGGCGGCUUUCACGGUGAAAUAUCGUAAUCCGAAAUUUGUACAGAGUCCAUCACUUGAGGUGCUGAUACGUGAUGAGAGCGCGUCGAUGCGUGCGAAGGGUAGCGGUGAGAUCGAUGACGGUUAUGCCUCGCGGCGUUCGAUUGAGGUUGGCAAGAAGCACAUAAGCGCCGAUGGUCUGAUUAAAUUUCUGAAAUCCAAAAUAGCCAUACUCGAAGAGGAUCAUGAACGCAUCACACAAGAGAUGACACAACAAAAGGAGUUGCUCGAAAAGACUUUGGAACGCAAUAAGAAGAUCGAACAACAACGUGAUCAGGCUUUCGCCAAACAUAACGCUAUGGCCGAUCAAUUGAACAAAACCGAGACACAGCUGGAAGAGGUGAGUAGACGUAUGAAGGAGCGUGCUAUGGAACAGGGCGGUCAACAGAAAGAGCUGGAGACGGCACGUCGUGAAUUGAAAAUGUUAUCACAAACAAAUACCAAUCUGGAGAAGCGUUUGUAUCGUGCCAAUGAGGAGUUGGAGAACACGAAAAGUGCGUUGGCUACGCUAAAGAAUGCCGAACGGGAGUUGAAGGAGACGAUGCGUCUUGAUGGCGAAGCGAAGGACAAACAGAUCAAAAGCUUGAAGAAGCAACGUGCUGAUCUUUUGAAUGCGUACAAGAAACAACUCUUUCUCAUUGACAAUCUCAAGCGCCAGAACAUUUGUAUGGAGCAAUCGAAAAUGAUUGGUUUCGGUGAAAAGGAGUUCACCAAAGUGCUCGAAUGGAAUACCAAGUUGUAGAUUGAAUGUGAAAUGCAAUGAUAAGAAUAUCAUUCCAUUUCUUUAUGUAGGCAUAGCAGAUAAUCAGCCGAGUUCAACGAUAGGCUCCCGACAUGUGUGCGAAUGUUGCAAAAGAUAAUUGCCAUAUAAGUAUGUAUAUAUAGUAUAUGGGUCUGAACCAUUAUUGUGGUAUUUGUGAAUAAGUAAUACUCAUCAUAAUAAAAAUCGCAUUGUAAAAUAUCGGAAA